CUCUCGUAACUGUCCCCGCCAGCUGACACCGACGCGCAGUUCUCACUGUCACGUGCACGUAUCCCAGCAGCCCGGGAGCAUCCUCAGUGCUCUGCUCGACGGGCUCACACCUCCUGUUUCAGACAUGCACGCCGUAUCUUGUGACUCCUCAUGACUCUCGACUGGACUCGCGCAGCCGAGCAUCGAGUCCUCGUUGCGGGCUGUAGCGGGUCACCCAGCCAGCGUGACCCGCGCUCGCGCCACGAACCGUCUGUCCUGCCCAAGUCCUGCCUGGACCUGCCAAGUCCGUCGACGCGGGAACCUCGCUUCUUCGACUGUGGAGAUGCGGGGAGGUGGCGUCGGCCGACGACAGCACCCUCGCGAUGCGAUCUGUCCCACACGAUGUUCCGAGGACUGCCAUCGUGGACCUUCUCAUUGCUGCGGUGAGUAUGUACACAUGCAAUAUGACACCGGCGCUGAUGUGCGGACGCUUCUGCGGGUUACAGCAACAUGACAUAUGUACACGUCCUGAAC